AUGCAUAAAGGUGAUUUGCAUCUGGCAGAACACCACAUUGUCUUUGUUAUGCCCAACAACCCCCCGGCCGACGUCAAGUUACCAUUGAACGCCCCCAAAACUCGCGAGCUCUAUAUCGCCUACCCCAUACUCAACUACUGCAACUUUAGACCCUCACCGCCGGCUUCGGGCAGACCGUCCACGAUACGCAUACGAUGUCGCGAUUUCACGUUCAUCAGCUUCCACUUCAAGGAUGAUGUAGGCGCACGUGAAGCUUUUGAAUGCAUGCGCAACAGAACAUGUCGCCUAGGAUCAAUAGAGAAGCUGUAUGCCUUCAGCUACCAACCACUCAAGCAGGAGAAGCCCUUCAACGGUUGGGAAAUGUACGACCCAAAGACAGAGUUCAGAAGACAAGGCAUUAGCAGCAAAUCCCAGGACAGGGGCUGGAGAAUAUCUACCAUCAACAAGGACUAUGCUUUCUCCCCAACGUACCCAGGCUUGCUGGUGGUUCCCACGCAGAUCUCGGACAAUGUCCUCAAGCAUGCUGGCCCAUACCGAUCGCGGCAGCGGAUACCAGUUCUGACGUAUCUUCACUCGCUGAACAACUGCUCCAUCACGCGAAGCUCACAGCCAUGUGUUGGUAUCAGGGGCAAUCGUAGCCCGCAGGAUGAAAGGAUCGUGAGCGCAAGCUUUUCUGCCUCGGCCACAGUGGAGUUCAACGGCCUCGACAUCUCUAAUACCGGAACGGCCGAGCCGAGUCCGUCCUCGAGCCAAGUUGAUAUUCGAGACCCUGGCCUCGACUCUGAGAGCUUGGCAACAGCACAGCUCGAAGAUGAGCUAUUGGCGGCCGGAGACCCGAAUUAUGAUCCCAAGACUGGCAAGCGACUCAUAUUUGGGGCACAGCAAAGCAAUUUGAUCGUGGACGCUCGACCGACUAUCAAUGCUGUUGUUAUGCAGGCUAUGGGAAAGGGCUCCGAGAACAUGGACCACUAUAACUUUGCCAAAAAGGCCUAUCUCAACAUUGACAACAUCCACGUGAUGCGCGAGUCACUCAACACUGUGAUAGAAGCCAUCAAGGACGGUGAUAUUAGUCGUCUACCGCCGAACCGGGAGCUCCUUCAAAAGAGUGCUUGGCUCAAACAUAUCAGCGGUGUUUUGGAUGGGUCAGCGCUGAUUGCUCGCCAAGUCGGUGUUCGGCACUCUCAUGUUCUAAUUCACUGCUCAGAUGGUUGGGAUCGAACGAGCCAGCUAUCCGCCCUUUCGCAGAUCAUGCUUGACCCAUUUUAUCGCACCAUCGAAGGCUUCAUCAUACUUGUGGAAAAGGAUUGGUUGUCAUUUGGGCACAUGUUUCAUCAGCGCUCUGGACCCCUGGGCCAUGAAAAAUGGUUCACGGUUGAACGUGACGGCGGCGCGGGAGGUACUCUCCAACCCGGCGAGUCUGACGGACGGGCAGGCGAAGCUCUUGAGAAGGCUUUUGCUAGUGCGACUCGAUUUUUCAACAAGAAAACCGCCUCCAGGGAUGAGAGCAUGGAUUCCGAUGACGUGCCAUCGCCGACGGAUGAUCCCUCACAGGUCAAACGUGGCGAGGGUGAGACAACACGUCCCAAUGAGAUAUCACCGGUCUUCCACCAGUUCCUGGAUGCGACAUAUCAGCUCCACCGCCAGCACCCUACUCGUUUUGAGUUCAAUGAACGUUUUCUCCGUCGACUUCUCUACCAUCUCUAUUCGGCGCAAUACGGCACAUUCCUCUGGAACUCGGAAAAGUCUCGUAAGGACGACAAAGCUACCGAACGCACCAGAAGCGUCUGGGACUACUUCCUCUCCCGCAAACAGGAAUUCUCCAACCCAGAAUAUGAUCCUACAGUGGACGACCGCCAGUCUGGUCGUGAGCGACUCAUAUUCCCUCGCCUGAGUGAGAUUCGAUGGUGGGCUUCUUGUUUUGGCCGUGCGGAUGCCGAGAUGAACGACUAUCUUGAUGCAGCGGCAGCUCGUGGAGAGCGUGUCAAUAACUAUAGCAACAACAUGUCGACGAGCCCUGCGCCAGGCAGCAGGAGUAGAAGUCCAGCUCCAACGCAGACACCCACGCCGGGGCUCAAGUCAUCGACGAGCGUGCUGACCAGCGUCGAAAAUGCGCAUGAAGCAUUGACGCCAGACUACAGAGCCCGCGAGGGACAUGCCAGUCUCCACAAGAGUGCUAGUGCCGACUCACCUGGAGCGUUUGCGUCCAAUCUUGCCAAGCUCAGAGAUGGCGUUGCUGGACUAGAUCUGGGCAUGGGUGGCAUUUUUGGUGGUCACCCAAAUGUACCAAGUGCCCAGUCGAGUACAGCCGCUGGCACUCCUAGCGGUGUCAUCCCAAGCAGCGUUGAAAAGCGAAGAGCCGAACGAGAAUUGUCCGACUUGCCAAUGCCUACACCACCACUUGGUGACAACAAAGACAAUGGGCUCGAGAUGAAAUAA